AUGCCCCGCUUUGAGGCGGCCGCUGCAAGUCAUCUUCCUUCAGACUCUAUGGCUGAUUCGAGGCAUCGCUUUGCUUUCAGUCGCUCAUUGUCCCGUCGCCGCCUUCGGGCCCGGCUCAACUCUGCCUUCUCAAAUCGAACUGAUCGCAAUUUGGUUGAAGCUGUCCAUGUGUUCCCUGUCAAAAGUCUCACUCAAACCGCCACAGAUAGUGCUUUAGGGGCCUCGGCUGUGAAACCGCCAUCGUUUCUUUCAGGACCGAUGGCCGAUUCUCGUGACCUCGUCUCUUGCAUGACGAUUCGCGAUGAGUCCUCAGUUGCUCGCAGAGUUUGCCCAAGCAUAGCUGCAUUCUCCACACCAUAUGCAGGUUCUUCUGCUGCCCUCAACCAAGCUUUGUCAUUGCAGAGGGAUGUCCUACCUACAGAAUCGUCAUCUUGCCAUUUCAGUCAUAAUCGAGCCAGGAUUCCAGGCUGUACUGGAUCGUUUAGGGCCACUUGCGCAGCUGGUAGCUGUUUUCGAAUUCGACGUCGACGAUCCGAUCCUACUCGGUCACAUUCGGGCAUUAUGCGACGUAAUCGGGAUGAGUCGAGCUCUUUUUCAGGAAGCAGGGUUGAACUUGCUCCGACAUUGUCCAACACAUCAUCUAUUUGCAGUGAGGGCGUGAUAAAUCACAUCUUCUUCGACGUCGGAAUGUCAGUAAUUCUCCAACAUACGCAACUACACGCAAGUACUAGCCAGGGGUUAUGCAUUCAUUCUUAA